CAAGCUGAAGCUCGACGCUCGACACGCUCCACUUCCCCGCGGGCAUCUCGCCCCACUCCAAACAUCACCGCGGCCAAGACAGAAUCAACAAACCAAGCAUUCCUCGAUCCUCAGUCAAGUCUCAGCUGAAACUGCGUGCAGUCCUGCAACCCGAAUCGAAUUGCACGGUGGUUGAGUCCAAAAUCCCCCCACAAUGGACCACACCCGCGCUGUCCGCCCUCCAGCCGGAGCUCGUCGCAACCUUUUCCAGAGCACACGACGACAAAACCCGACUGCAGUGCGUCCGGACACGGCCACAAUCUUCCAACAACCCAUGGAAGAAGAGAUGGUCGAGCGGACGUCAAAUGGAGAGUUUGCGCUGUAUGCGCCGCAAACGGUUUAUAAGCACAUGGCACUAGGAUUGGGCAGCGGGAGGGAAAGUGACGAAGAUACCGAGCAAGAGAAUCAGAUCAUCGAGUUGUAUGGGCGCAAGAACACACAUUGGGACACAGAGGCUGUGGAGGCUGAGGUCAAGGCUGCGUUGAAGUCGAGUCUAGCGAAAAAGGUCGCAAGCCUGGAGGACGACAAGUGGAUGUUUGAGGGUGAUGCAGAUGCAGCCGGGAAGAAGUAGGUUGGUGGAAGCAAGUGUCAAUGUUAUGAUCCGCGAUACCCUUACAGCAAAGCUAAGUAACACAAGUUCCUCAUGUCCAGUAUAAUGCUCGAGACUUUUGACUCUGACAGAGCUAAACAUGCUCUCUCAAAUCAGACGAGAUCUACCACUGAGUCUUGAUGACUCCUUAUUUCUCUUCAAAACAUCUCCUCACUGACCCGACUGCAGUGG